AGGCAAAAACAAAAUAACCCAAAAAACAAAACCGAAAAUAAACGAGUUGCAGGGCCAGUCUGGGACUGAGGCUGAGACUGAGAGAGCUAAUCUGUUGUGCAGUGAGUCUUCUUUUUUUUUUUGUUUUUUGGUUUGCUUUUUAUCAGUACAUAACGAAAACGAAAGUCGUUCCGGAUCUUUCCUCUGACGUGCUCUACUCUUGCCCUGCCCCUUUUUGUUCGCCGGCCAACAUCAUAUAUAGAGAGACAACAAUAAGGGUGACCUUCAUGCCUAACCGAGCGGGCAACGAGCAGCAAACAAACAAACACAAACAGCAAUCAAACAAGCCAUUUGAAAUAGCCAAAUAAAUCGAGCCUCAAAAAGAUCUUUCAACGGUCGGUCCGUCCACCUGAAUAUCAAAAGUAAUAACAACUACAACAAAUAAGCCAAGGUAACCCAAAAUCAUCAUGGGGAUCAGACGCACCUCUUGGGUGCAACUCGUCGUGCUGCUGCUGCCGCUUGUGCUCGUACUUACUGUUUCAUUUGUUGGCUCUGCCAAGGGCGCCAGCAAUCAGAGCUCAACGCAGACAUCAACGCAUUGGCAACAGCACCAACAGCAUUAUCAAAGCCACUUAAACGAAACACGUUCGAAACAGGAUCAGUUAUUAUCCAAGGAGUCAUUAGGCUUAGUGCUUAACUCCCCCCAUGAAACGCAUUUGACACGCACCUCCGUCAUCUUUGGACUGACCAAAGUGGCCAACGGCAGCAUCGUCAAUCCAUUGUGUCAAUCCCAGUUGCGACAUGUGCAGCGAGGCAUUCUCAGCAAGCAACCGUGGGCCAUGAAAGUUCUCGAUGCUAGUGGCACAAAACCAUCGGGUUUUGUGUAUGGACAAAACUAUUGGUUUGGCAGUCGAGAGGCCUGCAAGGAUGUCCAGCGACCUGUGGGCAUAACCCUCUCCAAGAACUUUGAUCGGGUGAUGCAUUUGGGUUUGAUUACCCAGCGAGCGCCCUUCGAUAUGGACUAUAGAGUGGUUUAUUUGCGUCACAGUUCCCCAUGGCAAGUGGAGAUCAAAUUAAUGUCAGAACAAAUAAUUCACAUUGGACUAUGCCUGCCGACCGCCUGCUCGUCACAGGAGCUCAAACAACUCUCCGAAGAGUACGUGUCCAGGGGAAUGUUCACUGAGAACGAUAUCUUUGACAUUCGUCCCGAGGUGGUGUACAUAAAGGAUCUGCAGUUAAGCGACACAUUCUAUCAGCGUAUGAGCUUUCGACUGGUGGUCACCUGCGUUAUAGCGACCUGUGCUCUUAUGCUGUGCUCGCAGCAAUUAAUGGCGGAGGCCAAGAAGAGAAAAACACUGGCCCCACCAGACCUUGAUGGUAAUGAUGAUGAAAAUGAAGAGGACCGAGGUCUGGUUCCGGCUGAAUCAGAACUCUGGCGAUUCCUUCACACUCUCUUGCAAUGGGAACGUCUGCAGAGAUUCGUAAAAUGCUACGAUGUCCCGGGCAAUUGGGCUAAGAUCUUUGCUAUUAGGGAGAACAGUGUCCAUGAAAUUCCUCUGAUGAAUGGUCUGCGAUCUGUGUGCGCCAUCUGGAUUAUGGUCUUUCACGUCGUGUGGUUCAUGUACUUCACCGUUCACAAUAAAACAGUGCUAAUAUCCUAUGCCGAGCAGGCCUUUUUUCAAUACGUCUCGUCGGCUCCAUUGCUGGUCGAUGUCUUCUUCACAAUCAGUGGGUUCCUGCAAACGUAUAACUUCCUUCGCAACUCGCAGCAAUUGGAGGCAGUGCGUCUAAAUGGUUUUUUACAGAAUCUAAAACUUUUCGGCAAGCUUCUGUUCCAUCGUUAUUUGCGUUUGGGUCCGCUCUAUCUGGUCGUGAUGGCCACAGUGGAUUUGGUAUAUGCCUACAUUGGCGACGUCUCGGUCUACCACAUAAACGAGCGGUUUGACGAGAUGUGCUCGAGACAUUGGUGGCGCAAUUUGUUCUUCGUACAGAAUCUCUUUGAUCAUCGUGAUAUGUGCGCCAAUUGGAGCUGGUCGUUGGCUUGUGAAAUGCAGUUUUUUAUACUGGCCAACGGCCUACUUUUUCUGUAUGUCAAGCACCCCAAGGUAACAAAAACAUUGGUGACUACAGCCCUUUUCUCGACAAUUGCCUGGUCGUACGGCAUUGGCUUGUCCAUCAAGUUCCAACUGUCAUUCGAUUCGGCAUUUGCCACCGGCACAGAAAUCUAUACGUCGCCCUUCGUGAGAGUUCUUCCGUAUAUUUUGGGGGCCAUCACGGCCUGGAUGUUGCUAGAGCGAUCGAAAAAGGGUUCAAAAUGGGAAUUAAGUGAAGUAAGGGAACGUUGGGCGUGGCAUUUUUCUCUCAUGGUCUUCUUCGUUUGCAUCUAUUCGACAAUAAAACGAGAUCUCGGAUCUCUUAUGGCCAUAACUCUUUUUGUGAUGGGCCGUCUAUUCUUCUCUUUGAGCGUGUGCUGGAUGAUUUCGGGCAGUGCCACGGGACGUGGUGUCUGGUGGUCACGACUUCUGGAGGCCAAGGGCUUCCAACACCUUAGCCGCUUGUCCUACGCCAUUUACUUAUUAAAUCCGCUAGUCAUUGCAUUGUUUUACAGUCUCACCAGCUCUAGCACGCAUGCCGAUCCCUUUAUGCUGUGCGUUGUCACCUGCGGCUUUGCUGUCAUCUGUUACCUGGCCUCCAUCAUAUUCUCCUUGGCAUUUGAACUACCCUACAGUAAUAUGUCCAGUUUGCUGCUGAAACGAGGCAGCAAAUCAAAAAAUGCCUAAAUGAUGCUUAACUUAAGUUAGAAAUUAUAAACUCAAACGCCUCCAUCAGAUACAAUUGUGAUCGUUUUCAUGUACAACUCAUUUUAAUCUAAUCAAUCCUAGUUUAGUCAUAUAGCUGUAGAUCUUUUGGUGGCCACCAUAAAAUUAUUGUUAUGUUAUGCCUCGUUACUUAACUGUUAAUUUUUUUUUUUUUAUCGUUUACUAACUGUACUAACUGUACUCCAACUAUGUACAUAUAGUAUGAAAAUUAUAUUGUAUGUAUUUAGAGACACAGCUUAGUUAACUGUGAAGAGCAUUUGAGAAUCUGAAUUCAUGUGCGAACACGGACCGCCAGUUUCUGGUAGAUCUCCCCUCGCUUAGAUACUGUCG